GACUGGGGCCGUUAUUGGACGCGGCGGCGGCGGCCGCGGCCAAUCGGAGCCGUUCUUACUGCGACGCGGCGGUCGGAAGCAGAGCGAGGUCGAGGUCGGGUGGGCGCCCGGAGCCGUUGAGGGGCGCUUGGAGCUGGUGGUGGGUCUCAGGUCCAGGGCGCGGCAUGGGCGUUCUGGCCGCAGCGGCGCGCUGCCUGGUACGGGGCGCGGACCGGAUGAGCCAGUGGACGAGCAAGCGGGGCCCGCGGAGCUUCAGGGGCCGCAAGGGCCGGGGCGCCAAGGGCACCGGCUUCCUCACCUCGGGCUGGAGGUUUGUGCAGAUCAAGGAGAUGGUCCCGGAGUUCGUCGUCCCGGAUCUGACCGGCUUUAAGCUCAAGCCCUACGUGAACUACCGCGCCCCUGAGGGCGAGGAGACGCCCCUGACAGCCGCGCAGCUCUUCAGCGAAGCGGUGGCGCCUGCCAUCGAAAAGGACUUCAAAGACGGUACCUUCGACCCUGACAACCUGGAAAAGUACGGCUUCGAGCCCACACAGGAGGGCAAGCUCUUCCAGCUGUACCCCAGGAACUUCCUGCGCUAGCGGGGCGGGGGGCUGCGAGGUGGAGGCAUCCCCGGGGAGGGGCGGCCUGCCCUCAUCUCGUUUCUAUUAAAGGCCUUUGCCAGCUC